GUGAACUUACUAAGUAUAAACUAGCAAAUAGGGAAAUUGCGUACUUUAGUUGGUCAGAUUUUUAUUACGUUGCACUUCUUAGCCUUCGUGAUUUUUCCGACACACAUUUCCUCGACCUUGAUCUUCCUUGAUGUUUUCGAUCGAGGUUAUGGAAAGGUGGAUAAGAGUUACGUUUUGGACUGCUUGUCGUCAGCACUACCGGAAGUUGAAACAUGAAACUCAUCGACGGUGAAGCGGAAGAAUGACAGUCGGUGUGAUACAUAUGUUUCUGUGUGUCAAGUCCUUAAUGGUACUGGACAAAUUUGAAAAUUUGAAAACCUAAAAGGAAACGGCAUACUGCAUGCGUUAAGCUACUUUCCUGGACAACGUGUGGUCGGGAGACGAACGAUAAGACGGUGAAAACUUCCCGAGACAAAGAAGCAGCAGAAAAGGAUGAAUCUCCUCCCCCACAGACAGAUGAGUCAUCUACUCAAAACAUGGAGGAUGUGGCAGAUGGGAAUGGAGGCUGCACCCUGGCCAGUCUCUGGUUUUUACUGCAGGAAGUUUACUACCUCAAACUCUUUAGAACCAGACCCAAUAGAGAUCCACAAGAGAAAGCUCCUCCUAUGGUUUAGCCACCUUCCUCAGGAGGAAAAACAGUUUGGAGGUUUCUUCAGCCCUGAGACCAUGCAUGUCGACCCACUGAUCCUUGAAACUGAUGCUGAGGAGAGGGCAGGACUACUCGGCUCUCCAUUCCAAACCCAAACACACUGUAAUCGCUCUGUAACUGUGGAACAGCUGUUUCAGCACACUGAUACCUGGAGUGAUGGCCGGGGGCUCAAUGUCCUCAUCUAUGGUGCUGUGGGAACAGGGAAAAGUACAGUGGUCCGAAAGCUGGUGCUAGAUUGGUGUGCUGGCACCACUCUGAGCCACUUUCAGCUGCUGAUUCCUUUCUCUUGUGAGGACCUCAGUCAACUGUCAAAGGUUACGUCUCUAAGAGACCUGGUGAGCAGGAAGUACCUACACCUGAAAAAACACCCCCUUCUAAGUGGGGAGGGAAAACAGGCCAAGGAUGUGCUCUUCCUUUUCAAUGGAAUGGAAAAGAUGCAACUGGAUUUCCGAAUUGGAGCCUCAGAGCUUUGCAGUGAUCCUAAUGAGGGACUGCCUCCAAGUGUAGUUGUGGUAAACCUGCUAAGAAAGUAUCUGUUGCCUGAGGCCAGCAUCUUGAUUACGACAAGACUGUCUGCUUUGAACUGUAUCCCUCAGAAGUAUGUUACUCGUUACGCACAGAUACGUGGUUUUAAUGACCCAUCACGCCAGCGGGCGUACUUCACCAGUCGCCUUCUAAAGCAGAGUGACACUGCACAUAACCAAGAGGCCCAGGAUCUUGUAGAACUGCUUUACCUCAACCUCCAGAGAGAAAGCCAACUUGCUGCUGCAUGUUUCCUUCCAUCGUACUGCUGGCUCACUUGUGCAACCUUACACUUUCUGCGUUUUACCAAUACCAAAGCCCCCAUCCGCACUCUAACUGGCAUAUACACAAGUUUCCUCAGGCUCAAUUUUGGGGGUGAAGUGCUCGGUACAGGAGCAGGGACGGACAUGCCCAUUCAGGAACACCAAAGUUCUCUGAUGUUAUAUGUUGUCCGUACAGUAGGUAAGCUUGCAUUUGAAGGUGUGACAUACAAACGCACAUCCUUCUCAGAAGCAGAACUAGAGCAGUGGAUAGGAGGGAAGACAAAGACAGAUGAGGAGCUUCAUCAGCUGGCCAUGUUCCGCACCGAUGUACUAGACUUCUUUUUGGCUCCUUCCAUAGAAAGUGGUAAAUCUAUAUCACAAGACCUAAGGGAAAACAAUGAGAAGCAGUAUGUGUUUGCUGUCCCAGCCAUGCAAGAAUACCUGGCAGCACUCUAUGUAGUUCUAGGAGAGAACAAAUCCGCUCUUGAGAAGCUCACCAAGAAAGUAUCUGUGGCCAUUGGUCAGGCAAGUGAGGAUGUCAAUGCCCUUGUUAACAUCUUUUCUAAGUUAAUUCCCCUCCGAAUUUUUGCAGUAUUCAAUCUUCUUAAGCUUUUUCCAAAGCUCUAUGAGAAAAUCAGCAGUCUCAACAAAGGCAGUAUAGCCAGAACCAUGGCAGCUGAGCUGUUCCACACUGAGGAUAGCUACAACGAGGAUGUCCUUGACCAGGUAGAGCAAAACCUUGUAGGAGUCCAUGGCCCACAGCAACAGCAGUACAGUGAACGUCAACCUUUUGAGCUGUACCCUAUCUUCAUGGGUGGGCUAUUGCACUAUGGUAACCGUGUGCUUCUCCAACAACUUGGCUGCAGCAUUCAAAGCACCACUGUGGCCCAGAUCACCCAUUCCAUUAGGAAAUACCUUGUUAGAGAGCUUAACAAGCCACAACCACCAGAAGAGCUGAUGGAUCUGUUGGUCCUUCUAUAUGAGUUCCAGAACCCCAGACUGACUGCAGAGGUUGUAACUUCAAUCAGAGCUAUCCGCCUCACCAACAUUCGUAUGACUUCACUUAAAUGUUUCAUACUGAGUUCUGUGCUUUCCUGCACCCCUGCAAGUUACUACCUUGAAGAACUGGACCUAUCCUCCUGUCUCCUGAAUAAUGACACGCUUCAGAUGCUGUGCCCUGCCUUCAGACACACAUACAACCUCAAUCUGCAGUUUAACACCCUUGGUCCUGAGUCCUGCAGUCUGCUGAGAGACCUACUGCUAGAUCCCAGGAGUGUUAUUAGAUCUCUGAAAUUGUGUGACAACCCUCUUAUGGAGUCUGGAGUCCAAAUCCUGGUGGAAGCCCUGCCAGAGAAUCAGUCCCUGACAAACUUGUCCCUGAUGCACACUGGACUGGGGGAUGAGGGUGUCCUGGAUCUGGCUAAGAGGCUCCAACAACACAGAAGACUCCAGGAGCUCAACGUGGCCUAUAACAAUAUUGGAGACGACGCAGCUCUACUUCUGGUAGAUGCCUGUAGAGAACAUCCCAGCAUUCAGACUGUACAUUUAUAUUUGAACCCUCUCAGUAAAGUGGCGAAGCAGUCCCUGUAUGCCCGAGGUGUUCCCCGUAGCCACAGUGGCCAACGGGUCAAGGUCCUGGCUUCUGUCACUGAAGGGACAGACCUCUCUGAGAACUGGCGCCCCAUUCUCAAUGUUAUACGAGAGAACUCCUCAUCCUGGGAUCAGCAGCAUGUCAUACAGCAACUAAAGGUCUUUCUCGAGGAUCUGGAGUGGGGGCGUCAACAGCAGCAGAGCCUCUGGAAGAGGCUACAUUUCCGCAGAGUUGAGAAGGGAGUCCGGAAAAUUCUAAAGAUGUAUAGGAACAAUUUACCUCCCUCCAAGAAGUAACCCAGGAGGUGAUCAGGAAAUGAGUGUUCAAGUUUGAAUAGGAUGAAUCCAGAUAGGAGAAUCUUCAAACAGCAAUGACUAAUAGUCUAGGACAGGGGUUUUAAAACAGGCCAGCGGACUAUAUCAGGCCCACAAUACAAUUUUUUCUGGCCAGCAAAAUAAUUUCAUAUGUCAGUUAUUGAUGUGGUCUCUAUGUGGGAGCUGAAUCUUCAGCCCUGUUGAGAAUUCCUGCAGACAGGGGUUGGGCUUUAUUUUGAUAGGUACACCAUGCGGACAAUCACGUGUUACAUUCCCCUUAAAGGUCCAGGGGAUGAAGGAAAGUAAUAAAAGUUGUCCAGGUUGAACAAAGAAGAUAGAGAGGCCAUUCAUAUUAUGCAAAGUAAUUAAGCAAUAAACAAUUAAAUGACAAAA